AUGGCUUUUGAAUCGGAAGCUCUCGUGGCAAGAGGGCCCUUUUCGGAAGGAAAAUGGGCGCUAGAACCAGUCAAGCUACGUGAACUGCGGGAUGACGAAGUCUUGGUUCACAUGGUUGCGUCUGGAAUCUGCCAUACAGACCUUCAUUGCGGAGAUACAGCAGCCGAUGCUGGGGUGCCAGGAGUUUAUUACCCGCGUGUGCUUGGCCAUGAAGGCUCUGGCUAUGUGGUACAGACCGGAAGUGCAGUUAAAAAAGUUCAAGCCGGUGAUCCCGUUCUUCUCUCCUUUUCGUACUGCGGAGAGUGCCAUGUUUGUACUUCUGGGCCGCCCUCGCACUGUGUCAAAUUUUUUGACAUCAAUUUCAUGGGUGAGCCUGUCUUUGAAGGUGGCAUUGGGGGCCGGUUUUUUGGUCAAUCAAGCCUUGCCCGGCAUUCAGUUGUAAGUGACAAGUGUGUUGUCAAUGUCAGUGGGCUGGGUCUUAGCAAAGACGACCUGAAGCUUCUUGCACCGCUCGGUUGUGGUCUACAGACCGGGAGUGGCACAAUAGUCAAUGUUGCCAAAGCUGGCCCUGGAGAUUAUGUUACAGUCGCCGGUAUGGGGGGUGUUGGACUCGCAGCAGUCAUCGCAGCCAAGAACAGGGGAUGCAAGGCCAUCAUUGGCAUUGAUCGAGUCGAGAGUCGGCUUGACCUAGCUCAAUCACUGGGUGCAACGCAUGUCAUCAACACAAGUGGCCUUGACAUGAAAGACGUGGUCGAAAAGGUCAAGGAAGCGAGUGAAGGGCUUGGCUCGACAAUCAGCAUCGACACGACUGCAUUCCCUGCUCUCGUCUCUGCGCAGAUUGAGGCGACGCGAUACAUGGGAAAGGUUAUCCAAGUGGGAACAGGACUGCCAAAUUCCAAUCUCUCACUCCACAUGCAAAGUUUCAUGGUGAGCGGCAAGCAGUACUUUGGUGCUGUGCAAGGACACGCCAACACGAGCGAGUAUAUUCCUGAAAUGAUAAAGUGGUGGCGCAACGGACAGUUUCCCCUCGAGAAGCUCAUUACCUUUUUCGAGCUCACAGACUAUGCCCAAGCUCUGAAAGCCAUGGGCAGCGGCAAGGCAAUCAAACCAGUCAUUGUUUGGUAA